GGCUGAUAAACAGCGGUCCAGCGAGAAGAGAGAAAAGACAAAGAGCCAAUGUUUCGUUUCACCUAGCGGCUUUUUGAAACAAGAAACCGAACCAACCAUCGUUUUGCUCAUUCCACUAUAUCGUCGACACCCCCCACUCACUCACUGUCUUUCCGUCGAGAUCAUCAUCAGUGAACCGAGGAGGGAUCAUGCCCGCCACGCAGGCCCCCCCUACCAGCGAGGACGAGCACGGAACGAGACCCCUCCCCGUAUCGCGCGCGGUUGACAUCCUGCCAGACCCGCGCUCUGCACUCCCUCGCUACGCCGCCUACUUCCGCGCCCGCCACCGUUUCUGGGAGGCCUUCCCGGAGGGGCAAUACGUGCGCCUGCCCACGCCGGGUACCGACCUCGAGUGCGGCUUCCACGCGCUCAUCCUGUCCAUGCGGCAUCAGCUGGGCGCACGCUGCGCCUCCGGCCCCGGCUCCGAUCCCGGCGGCGAGGCGGGGUCGGCGGUGCGGGUCCCCACCCUGGAGGAGCUGCGGGCCGUCUUUCGCGGGGCGGUCGUGCAGGGGGAGAACGCGGGGGCGGGGAUGGCGAACCUGAGCUGGUUCACGGCCGACCAGCUGGCGGCCGUCUUUGCCGAGUGGGGGCGGCGGUUCCUGGGCGGCGGGCAGAGGUGUCAGAUGGGGUGGGUGACCGACCGGGACGAGGAGCUGGGCCUGGAGGGGUGGCCGGUCAUGAUGAACACUCCGGACGUGGAGACCGGGGAGGUCGGGGAGGGGAUCGUGAGGGUCUGGGUUUGGAACGACGGCGGCUCGUUACGGGGCGGGAUCGGCCACUUUGAGGGCAUCAGGCGGCCGACGCAGAGGGAGCUGGCGGUGAUGGGAGAUGGGCAGUAGAGAAGAGCGAGAAGAGCCGGCGAACUCACGCGGUUCCGGAAGGCUCAAGAACCAGGUCUGUUGCCGUCGCAACUCUGAGCGGCAGGCAAGGGGAAGGGGUAAGAGACUGGAAGCUGAGGUGGGCUCGGGCAUG